AUGUCUGUGCUCAAGGUGUACUUUAUAACUGGCGCCAACCGCGGAAUAGGAUUGGCGCUCGUCGAGGAGCUCUUACUGAGGAAUCAGGAUGUUGCUAUCUACGCCGCCGUUCGUGAUCCUUCUACUUCCCAAGACCUGAAGGAUCUUUCGCACAAAUUCCCUACCAAAGUUGAAAUCGUGCAGUACGUCGCUGCGGACGAGGAGAAUAACAAAUCCCUCGCAGCGGCCGUUCGAGAAAAGUACGGAUAUGUGGACGUUGUGAUCCCCAAUGCAGGUAUGGCCACCACCUUGGGUUUUGUUGUCGAAGUAACGGCUGACGAGAUGAGAGAGCACGUUAACGUCAAUGCGAUCGCGUCGCUCGUCCUUUUCCAGGCGAUGUUUGACUUGCUAAAAGCGAGUAAAUCAACUCCGAAGUUCAUCCCAAUUUCUACAGCCGGCGCAAGCCUGUCAUCGUCGUAUAUCGCUGCUCCUUUCGGCAUGACAGCAUAUGGAGGCUCAAAAGUUCUGUUGAACUACAUCACUCGGAGGAUUCAUUUUGAGAACGAUUGGAUUGUCGCUUUCCCCCUCUCCCCAGGUCCCGUCAAGACAGAUAUGGUCACGAAAGGGAGAGAGCUCGACAAAACUGGAAUCCUCAAGCAAAUCAAGGUUGAGGGUGAGCGAACCCCCGACGAAGCUGCUGUUAUCAUCGUGGACACCAUCGAGAAUUCCACACGUGAGAAGGACGGAGGCGAAUUCAUUGAUGUUGAUGUUGGAAAGCUUCCUUGGUAA